AUGUGGUGGCCCGAGGUCAAUUCUCAGAGCGUGGCUCACGCUAACGACGUGGCAGCCGAUGGGACUUGUUUCAUCGAAGUCUUUCCUACAAUUGAAGGCACAUCUGAUCUCUUGAAGCCACUGAACUUGAAACAGGCGGUCCGAUACCUCAUUCACAAGUGCGUAGAGGGUGGAAACCCCGAGGGGGGGAUUGCGGAGAAGCUGGCAAGCGCUCAAUGCGUAAUAGACGUGAUAAUAGACGGACCGCCGGUGAGAGCCAUUUGGUAUGACAUUUGGGGCUCUGGUGUGAUGGUUGUGGCUAUGUGUGCAAGAUUUGGAAGGUCUGGCGUUUCGUCCGCUACAGCUGGCGAGUCAGAGCUUGCGAUCAGAGUCGUGUAUAAUGCCGCUGGAACUCUGCUGGAGGCUAUGACAUAG